AUGGAAGAGAUAGAAGUGAGUCCUUUCGCACUAAAUAUCAAGUACGAAACUCCCAACCGCCCAGUUUCUAAUCAGCUAUUAACGGCUUCUCCGAAGAGAGUAACAAGCAAGGAAUCAUUGAGCUCAAGUUUUGGAAUAAAAUAAAAUGACUUUUGAAGAAAUGGUAGGGCUCAGGGAAAAUAGCGAGAGAGCUAGCAAAUCUUCCAAGUCAGAACUCUCCUUUGAGAUCCUUAAUGAUAUUUAUACGUCCAAGAAUCGGAAAUCGAGGAUUUACAGAGAAUUUGAAAAUAAGAUCUUUAACCAAGAAUCUGUGGGCAAGUUAUUGUCGAAGUCAUGCUCUCCUAGAGUACAUCUAGACCCUGGAUUUCAGUGGGAUGAGUUCAGAUAUUUGAAAAUAGCUGAUAACGAGUUUAAUAGAGAUAUUGAUACCAUUUCUUAUAAGAAUAUCAAGAAUCAUUGAAGGUGGAAAUCUUGCAGUUGUCAGUUCUGAGGCAAGAUGCAUCGUGAGUAUCGUGGAUUCACCAUUAUCCUUGAAAACGAGAGAAGAAUUCCUCCAGAUAUUAAAAAGUUGAGGAGAAAGAAUACGAAGAGUUUCAAAGAUAUAGUUUUAACCAGGAGAGCAGCGCUCAGCAAGAUGAUUAGUCUGCAUCAAGCUUCCUCCAUAUUUUCAGGUCUGAUCACAGACAAUCAAGAAAAGCAGAAGAAGGAUAAGGAUAUCUUGGAACUAGCUAUUCGGAAGGCAAAAUAUCUAAACUUCAAGGAGCUACCCAAGUACUUAGAGAAAACUUCUCUUAAAGGAAGUAGCACUCCUUUCGAACGAUUCGCGAGCAAACCUCAGAGAAUGUCUAGUCUGCGUAGCCAAAAGAAGUUCAAUCGUAAAGGUGCAGGUAAUGCCCUGAUGAAUCUGCUGUCAAAAGGUUCUUCAAAGCAAUGAGAUCAUUCCAAAAUUGGAUGUUUUAAAUGCUACGCAUUGGUUGAAGCUGAUCUCGUGAGGAAGAAAUAAUGAAAAAAUAAUGAAACGUCAUAUCAAGAAGAAGAGAGUCAAUCCUGAUACUUUAAAUAUCCCAAAACCAAGCAUGAUCACUUCAAGGAUGAAAAGGUUAGGUAGAACCAACGAGACUCAUAAAGCUCCAGAAAGUAUUCCUGAUAUUAAAAGCAAAGAAAAUUUAGCAGCUAAGAGUCGUUUUCAUGAGCGGCAUUCAUCAAUUAAGCCAAGGUCAAGGUUCCUUAGUGUGUAUCAGAACAAGAAUAGAAGACGAAGUAUCCAGGAAGGACUGUUCAAAGUCCAGAUUAAACCCCAAGUGGUACAUUUUCAGAAUAAGAAUAAAUUGCUUGAAAAUUUAAAUCCUGUCCGAUCACAAUCAAAACUGGGCUCGACAAGGCCAGCCAAGAAGCUACGCAGGUUUAGUAUGUGUAAGAACAAGAAGAUUAAAGAAGAAGCCCGAUAUCCCGUUACUUAUAGGAUGAAGAUCCCUACUAGAAAUGGGAAUGGCCGCUUGAAGCAGGCUAAAUAGUAAUAAAAUACUGAGUGAUCAAUUUUGAGAAAGAAAUAAGAAAAAUUUAAUAGAAUUCAGCCAAAC